GUCCGAGGCUGGUCGGUCCCUUGGCCCCCCCGGGGGGAUCGGCCCCACCGACCGCGCGGCCCCGGCUGCGCGGCGACGGUGCUGAUGGCCGGCGUCGCCAGCGUGUACGGGUCGCUGCACGCCGUGCAGUCGUCGCUCGACCAGGAGGCGUCCGACCUGCGGCAGCUGCAGGAGGCGCACCGCCAGAUGGACGAGGAACUCCACAGGCUGCGGCAGGAGGUCUCCAACGCCACCGCGGCCGUGGCCCGGCGCGACGCGGCGAUGGGCCGCUCCGAGGAGGCGGCCCGAGCUGCCGCGGCGGACUUGCGCAAGGUCACCGCGCAGCUGGAGGAGGCGGAGGCCGCCGCGCGGGAACUCCGGGAGCGACAGGACGCCGCCUCCAGGGCCGCCGACGUCGCGGCCGCGGCGCGGCGGGGCACGAGCGAGAGGCUGGCGGAGGCGCAGGGCGCCCUGGACGACCUGCGCCUCGGGGCCUCCGAGGACCGCGCGUGGCGCGACAAGGUCGAGGCCUGGCGCACUCAGGAGC